GGGGACCCCACAGUAUCAGCCUGGGCAAUCCCGCCAGUCUCCAUCAACGGGCAACGACAACGUACUGGCGGGGCUAUCACACACCCACACUCACACUACAACCCCAAGUAACAUCUCUAUUUUCAGUCAUCGCACACUUGACUCGCGGGCGUGUUGAGAGGAACGGGUCUCAUAAACACACAACCAUCUCUCACCAGGGCACUCACCCCCAACCCACCACCCAAAAUGAGCAAACACCUAUCCCAAGACGAGUUCUUCACCGCCCUCACAGCCCUCUUCACAACCCAAAAACAAUCCCAAAAGGGCACCAUCCUCCUCACCCAAAAACGCUACUCCUACGACGAAUCAGCAAAAGAAACCCUAUCAGAACAAGAACAUGAAGAAACCCUCACCACCACCACCCUCCCCCAAGCCCCAAUCCUAAUCCGCGCCUCCAACUCCAAGCCAAAAGAGGCCCGCAACGAGGGCAAAAAAGUCAAGCUCUCCACCAUCGUCCAGCCCGACGACCUCGACUCCUUCUACGCCCGGUACGCCGACGUCUGCAAGGCGGGCAUGAGCGGGCUCAAGCCGAGGGACAGGACCAAGCGCAAGGCCAAGGAGAAGGCGAGGAGGAAGAUGAAGACUCAGGCAUAGAAGAAAAGUGAGCCCUAUUGUGCUGUAUCUAAAUCUGUCUGAGCCAGCCAGCCAGCCGAGAGCUGAAAAAAAAGAUAUCCAUGUGUUGCGGAUUAUUAAACAGCUUAAUUUGAUAACUGGGAUAUAUAGAUUACCUAGUCACAUCUCUGCUUUGAUGAAGAGGAUAUGGACGGACUCGAUGGGUUAGUCACAAUGGCGU